AUGGACAUGCCCAUUGCCGCCACUGCGCAACCUAUUGGGGGAGAUAGUAAUUAUUAUUAUCCUCCUCAACCAAUAACGCCAUCCGUGGAAACCUCUCAACAAAUCUCUGCUAAACCACCAGAGAAGUCUCGUAAUCUGGUUACAGAUCUAAUAGAAACAGAAAAAGAAUAUGUUGAAAACAUAAAAAUACUUUUACAGAAAGUCACUGCCUGCUGGAGUCCCGAUAAUCUUCCUCCACAACAACUGGAUACCAUAUUUAGGUGUGUGGAAGCUAUUUACAAACUGAACAAGAGAUUUAGCAGUAAACUUUCAAAAAUAGGAACAAAUCCUCAGGCAGCCCAAAACUUGGCCGAUUUAUUAAUGUCUUGGAUAGACGAAAUGGAAGGUCCAUAUACGAGGUUUUGUCAGUCGUUCAUGCGUGGAUUUGAUUCGUGGCCCGCAAUAAUAGAACAUACGUUACUUCAAGAAACUUUGGCUGCAAUAUCUUCAUCGCGCAAUGAACGAGUGUCUCUUGACUAUUAUUUCGAAUUGCCAUUUGCUAGAUUGCAUUACUACAAGAAGCUGUACAUGAAACUCUUCAAAACGACAGAUCCAACUAGUGACGUCUGUCAGCUUCUUCAAAUAGCCAACGAUCGUCUAGACGCUUUGAUUUCUCUUGAAUAUCAGGCCAAAGCACCUGAGAUACCGAAUUUCGAUGAUACAUUGAACGAUGGCUCAACUUACGCAUCCGAACCGCCGGAUCACACGCAAGUGUUAGAACACGUAAAUAAAUAUCCUAGGCCAGCAUGGAAUUUUGGAUUAACGGAGCUCGAACAGCAGCUGGAUGUUACAAAAGUUCGAGAUUUGUUUAAUAAAGAACCCAAGAAAGUAAAGGUUGCAUUGCAACCUUCUUCUCUUCCAUUCCAGCGUGAAAUAGUAAUGCAUGACGACUUUAUAACCAUCGUUCGCUAUGCCGACGGAGACAUAAUGCACCGGGCGCAUCUAUUCUUGUUGACCGAUCUAUUACUCAUUUGUCAAACUUACAGCGCAGAGGAUAGAAUACGGAAUCCGAGUAUGGAGUUUUGGUUGUUGUAUCCACCACUUUCGGGAAGGCAUUUGGUCAUUAGAGAUGUUAAAGAUAGUACAGAUGAUAUCAUAGAGGUAACGGUAAUGAAAAGGGAAAAAAUUUAUUUCCGCGCUGAAUCCAAAGAAAUUAAAGACGAAUGGCUAAAAGAAUUCGAGAGAGUCAUAACAUUUUCAGCUACGGUCGAUGUCAGACCACAAGUGAAAACCAAUACUCCUUCCUCCCUCCACAAAUCCCCAAGUACUCCUCAACUACGAACGCCUACCUCACCGAGCGAUGUAGUAAAUAGCGGAUCAUCAGCGAGUCCAGUGAUGGGACUACCCAGGAGUCCAGCGAACGGCUCACCAGCAAGCCCGGUGAUGGGUCUGCCCAGAAGUCCGGUGAGUGGGUCACCAGCGAGUCCAGUUAUGGGAUUACCCACGAGUCCAGUGAGUGGGUCGCCAGUAAGCCCAAUGAUGGGUUUACCCAGGAGUCCGCCGAAUGGAUCGCCAGGAAGUCCAGAGAAAGAAUUGCCGAUGAACUCGAUGAGGAGAUUGUCUGCGAGCGCAAAUAAGGGAUUACCGUCGAGGCCGUCGGCAGGUUUACAAAUGAAUUUGGCAAACGGUGUACCUCGUUCACGCACGCCUGAACCUCCACGCAGUGCUGGCGACUAUCCUGGUGGUCUGAACCCCUAUCCUUCGGAACAGGGCCGUUACAGCGAUUCCGACUUGAGCAGAAACGCCCAUUUCGGUGCCGAUGCCGCUCUUUCCGCCAAUAACCCUCUAAAACGUUCAAAUUCACUCAAUUCGUUAGCAUCUGUUUCCACAAUUGCAUCUGUUAAAGAGACUUUAUACCAAACACCACCUUGCGAAGUUUCCAUUUGGAAGAAUGGAGACUGGGUAUUGUUAACAAGGAAGGAGCGAUGUUUGGUCGAGGUGCGAUUAUCGACGCAGAAUAAAGGAUGCUGGGCAAUCAUUCUUGAACGUAGUGGUCGCAUGGUGCUCAAUGCCUGGGUUCAUCCGACGACUUCGAUUCGUCGUGAGUCGCCAACAGACAUAAGCCUUUCGUGUGAACUAGCUUCAAGACAGGAAUACUAUCGUGUCAAUUGUCUAUCCCAAACGGAAGCCGACAAAUUCCAACAGAGUCUACAGAAAAUCAAGUAUCUUAAACCGGACUUACCUACGCCGCUUCCUUCUGUCAUGGCGCCACAAAUUUUCGUCUCAAGAUCAUCAUCGUUGGCAAGCGCAAAUGGCCAACCCCCCAAAGAAGCUGAAGCUGUUGUUACACAAGUUAUGGAAGCAAGAUGUCGGCUAUUUCUACAGAAUGACCACGGUGUUUGGACCAGUCUGGGAUGGGGGAAUAUGAAGUUGCUCCUUGAGAUUUCGUCACAUAGAAAGAGGAUUAUUAUUAACUCGGACAAGAAUAAAUCUAAAUUAAUUGAUUCCAUUGUGUGGGAAGAUGGUGUUGAGAAAGUAGGAAAGGCUGGCGUGGCAAUUACGCUGAAGAGAUUAGACUCCAAUGUCAGGAUUGUUUACAUGAUGCAGAUGAAAGACGAGAAAACAGCCGUGAAGACGAUCGAAAUGAUAAAGGAAAAGAAACUGAAAUAG